CCGCUCGCCCGCCGGAGCUCCUCGCCCGUAGGGCUCAGCUUCGGGCGCCGGUCUAUCCGCCCCAGUCCGCGGCCGCGCUCCCCGGGCGCGGAGCCCGCGCGGGGCCGGCGGGAGCAAAGCAGACGAGCGACGGCGGAGUCCGAGCCGCCCCCCCCUCCGCGUCCUCGGCCCGGGCCGGGCUGGAGCCGCCGGGGACCAUGGUGUUGGACCAAGAGGACGUUCGUAGUUCCUUGCAAUUCUGAGGCACAAAAGUAGGUGAGACUGCUUUUGUAUCUGCGAAGUGCUUCACUCCUGAAUGUAAUUCUAGCUGAGUGCAAUCUAGGUUAAGAGCCGGACAAGCGGGUAAUUAGAGUCCGCUCGCUGCCCGAGGACCGGCCGCCCCGCCGAAGCGCGCCCGGAAUCGGCGCCCUUCUCCCGGCCGAGUCGAGCUGCGGCUGGACACGGAGCGCCCGAGAUGAUGGUGCUGGACAAGGAGGACGGUGUGCCGAUGCUCUCCGUCCAGCCCAAAGGGAAGCAGAAGGGCUGCGCGGGCUGCAACCGCAAGAUCAAGGACCGCUACCUGCUGAAGGCGCUGGACCAGUACUGGCACGAGGACUGCCUCAAGUGCGCCUGCUGUGACUGCCGCCUGGGCGAGGUGGGCUCCACGCUCUACACCAAGGCCAACCUCAUCCUGUGCCGGCGUGACUACCUGAGGCUCUUUGGCACCACAGGAAACUGCGCUGCCUGCAGCAAGCUGAUUCCAGCCUUUGAGAUGGUGAUGCGGGCCCGGGACAACGUAUAUCACCUCGACUGCUUCGCCUGCCAGCUCUGCAACCAGAGAUUUUGUGUGGGAGACAAAUUCUUCCUGAAGAACAACAUGAUCUUAUGUCAGAUGGACUAUGAGGAGGGGCAGCUUAAUGGCACCUUUGACUCCCACGUUCAGUAACGCCCAGCACCUGGCCUCCAGGCCCGUCUGUCUGUCCAUCCACCCGCCUGCCCACCUGCCUGGCCGGCCAGCCGCUCUCCUGCCGAUGAGAACUCCUCCGUCCUCGAUGGGAGGGACGGCCCUCCCUCCGCCGCUGCCCGUCUGUGUGUGACCCCUCCUGGGGCCAGGCUGGGCCUGUACAGUCUGUCUUCUGUAUAUAAAUGGGAACAUUUAUUUUAUGAGAAAUGUAAUGCGAUUUUAUUACUGGCGUGGAUUAAACUUAUGAAUGUU